CUUUGCACUGUGACAGCUUAUGUAAGUGGAAAAUUAGGGAAUAUAUCAUACUGCAGCUUAAAAGUAAUCGCUGGAGAAGUUAUUCCUUCUAACUUGAUAUUUGCUCCGAUUUCGGAUUGAUCUAAUUCAAGUAACCAUGGCUGCACGUCGAAUUGCUCAAUCCAGCAUCAAUUGGGCUGCAUUGGCCGAACGAGUCCCGCCGAACCAAAAAGCUAACCUCGCUGCUUUUAAGUCGAUGAGUGACAAGUAUCUUCGUAGUGUUUUAGUAAAUCCGGAAACUCCGCCGAAAAUCGAUUGGGCUUUUUAUCAAAAGAAUGUGCCUAUUGCUGGAAUGGUAGAAAAAUUUCAGAAAGCCUACGAAGCACUACAAAUUCCUUAUCCAGUCGAUACGCUCACUUCUCAAAUCGAAGGCCAGGAAAAACAAGUUCGAGAGGAAAUCGCAACUUUUAUAAAGGACUCAGAAAAUAGAAUUGCUGAUUACCAAAAGCAUGUUGCCGCCCUAAAGGCUUUGCUUCCAUUUGACCAGAUGACCAUGGAAGAUUACCGCGAUUCAUUUCCGGAGCAUGCUAUGGAUCCAAUUAAUCGUCCAACGUUCUGGCCGCAUAGUCCAGAGGACCAGUAUACUGAUGCCCCAGAGGAAAAGGCUCAUCAUUAAAAGGAAAUUCUCUAAACAAAAAGCAAAACGCUGAUAGUUUGAUUUAAAAUUUCAACAAAGUUUCGAGGAUUAAUGUA